CUAAGCCUCAUCACGCAACUUUAGUCUUACAGUAUUGUCCCUCGGCCCAGCCUAUUUGGUUUAUCCGGUGGCGUCUGAUGGGAUCUACAGCCACAGAUAGAACCAAACGCUCGGAGACAUAUAGAGUUCGUUCGGAGACCGAAUGGAUGUAAGACUGAAGCCUAUCCUCUCAUGAAACAUGAAUCUAUACUACCGAUGGGCUAUUUAAACGUGGAAGGGCUCCUCCAUAUACGCGUACAGAGUUGUUCAACAGAGCCAACAUUCACUACGACUUGAUACAAACAUGGCUGCCACUACUACCACUUUAGAAGAGACUGUGCAGAGCUUGCGAGAGCGGUACAUUCUCCCUCACAAUGUGGAGGAAAUCAAGCGAAUGCAGAACCAGCACGAAUGGGUAAAGGGCUGCGCGGACGGUCUUAUCAAGGCCCCGCUGGACAUGACAAAGAAGGAUCUUCGCAUUCUAGAUGCUGCUACAGCUGACGGCUACUGGAUUCAAGAUGCCCAGUGCAUUGUCCCGAGGGAAACAGAGUUUGUCGGGUUUGACAUUGCACCUAACCUAUUCCCACCUGCACAAAUCUUGGGCCCCAAUAUCAAGUUGGAAGUGCAAAACUUGAUCGAGCCAUUCCCUGCGGCUUGGACCAAUUCCUUUGACCUCGUCCAUGAACGAUUUGUCAUUUCCCUCUUCCGCGAAGAGGAGAUCUCACAUGUUUUAACCAAUCUGCUUUCGUGUGUCAAGCCCGGCGGCUGGGUCCAAUUCGUCGAACCCGAUUUCCGAACCUGCGUGUCAUCGCCCAAGGGCAAGGCAACCGCUUUCGAGAUGAUUCACCGCUUGACCGGCCAUGUCAUGGCAGACAAUGCAGCUUCAACAAAGCUGGCUGGUCGUCUUGAACAGGCAGGCUUUGUCAAUGUCGGCGUUGAUAUCCGGGACAUGGUGGCGGGUAAAGCACAUCGCAACCCUGAGUUAGGCCAGCGUGGCCAUGCAAACAUGCUUGCCAUUUUCAACUAUUUCCAGUCGGUCACAAGCCCCGAAGAUUUCAAUAUGACCCAGGAGGAGUGGUCUGCGCUGCCAGAGAAAUUUGCCCAGGACAUGGAUCAGUAUGAAACUGCCAUUCGCCAUUACAUUGUCUGGGCGCAGAAGCCACUGGCGUAAUAGGGCUGGCUGCUUAGCCUGGUUUCUUUGACACAGAUCUGAUAUAUUGUUUAUUGUCUGCAGGGAAAUAUGUAAGCAGGCUAUGGCCAGUAUUGGAAUGAAAUUGAAAAGAUUAUUAGCUAGAGACUUUUUUAUAUACGAAUAGAGCAGAGCUAGUACUAAGAAUAGUUGAAUUAAAUUAAGUACUUGGCAAAGAAACAAGCGAUCAAGUCAAUACAUAGGAUAUUACAGGAUCCCAAGAGCGAAGCGCUCUAUUGGGUAAAGAAGGGAAACGCAAGGCAAAAGAAAGCAAAAGCAAGUGAGAAAAAGAAAAACUAUUUUUGUUUCACACUCGGACACAUUCACUGGAGACUUCUUCAAACCUCUCCAGAUUCCUUUCCUUCCUCCUUUGUUUCCUGGGGAGUAACAGCAUCGCCAUCAGCUGUCUUGUUGAUCAUGCCUCCCUUGGAUGACUCACGGCGAGCGUAAAAGACCAAGAACAAGACCAGACCAGCAGCAGUAAGACCCAACAGGGCCCAUGCGCCGUUAUGGUACUGGUUCAAAAGCUGCUCCUCGGAGUUGCCCGUCUUCUUCGUCGAGCCCAUGGCAACGUUUACCAGAGCAAGCAGGAGAGAGCUACCAAACUGGUACAUGACGUUCAUGAGAGCAGAUGCCAUGCCGUGGUCCUCUAGAGGGAUCUCGUGCAGGACAAUAGCCUGGCCAGCACACGCAAUGGCUGGAGCAGCUGCCAGAUAGAGCAUGGCAAAGACAAUGACGUACCAAAUGCCAAACUGAGGCCCGACGAAGCCCCAGGGCACAAGAGCUCCGACGGACAUGAUGUAUCCGACGAUGAUGACUCGCUUGGUGUAGCCCUUGCCGACGAGCUUGUUGCCAACGGCGCCACCGAUGAUGGAUACUGCGGUUGCAGGCUAUGAAAAGGAAUAAAAUUGGUUAGCUGGGGUUUCUUGUUUUUUUAUGACUGUAUAAACAACAGUAAACAUACCAGAAAGUAGCAGGCGGCCCGCACAGUCUCAUAGUGAAGCGAGUUGAGACAGACUUCGGUGGCCAAGAAGAACCAGGUGACCCUAAUAAAUACACGAUUAAUAUUUUUUGAAGGAGGAGUGCACAUGAAAUCGAAAAAACUUACCAGCCGCCGCCGACAAAGGCAAACGUGGUCAAGGGCACAAGCACAUGGGGGUUGCGCAUGAUGGACAAGGGCACCACGGGCUCGUCCAGUUUGCUUUCCACAACAGGGAAUGAAGCGAGGAACAAGACUCCCAGGAUGAGAGAGACAAUGAUGGCAGGAUGGCCCCAUCCCAAGUUGACUGCGUCAUUCAGGCCGUACACAAGGAAACAUGUUCCCGCCAUAAAUGCCGCCGUGCCGAGAUAGUCAAACUUACGCGAUCCCUCGACUUUAAAGUCGGGAAUCAGGAAGAACCCAAUUAUACCAGCAACGGCAGCCAGAAUAAAAUUGACCCAGAACAUGGAGCGCCACCCAGCAGGCGAGGCUGUGAGCAAGGCUCCGAAGAUGACGCCCAGCACGGUGCCGAUCGGGCCGGUCGAGACAUAUGUAGCCAGGCCAUUGUUUCGAUCUUUGCCUGGCGGGAAGGUGUGGCUGAUGAUGGGGAUUCCAGUAGCGCACUGUAUACAAUCCUGUUAGACAAUAUAUGCAGAGCAAAGACACAACCACUUACAGUCAGGGCGGCGCCGAUGCCAGCCAACGCACGGCCAGCAAGAAGCGCAUUCUUAUUGGGAGCCCAAGCAACGAGGAUAUUGGGCCACACCAGCAUGAGCGUGCCAAUAAGAAAGGUAAUUCGCAAGCCAACGCGGUCCGCAAGCUGGCCACCCACAAGAAGCGUGGUAGCAAACGUCAGCGUGUAGGCCACCAGCACCCAGUUGAGAUCGCCGGUCGUAAAGUUGAGUUCAUCCUUCAUCUCCGUCAGACCAAAGAUGACCAUGGAGCUUUGGAACAAGUCUAGGAACGCGACGAUACAGGCAACUAUCACAAUGGCCCAGGCCACGGCAGGCUUGGUUAUGUCGCCAUAUGGCGGAAGACCACCACCACUAGGCAUGGCAACAAGACACAAAAAAGAAAUCCAAAAUGGAUAGAAAAGCGAUCAGAUGCGUACAAGGCUUUAGGUAAAAAGUAGCCGGUAUGAGUUUUGGG